AUGGUAGCUUGGCAGAGAGCCCGGAUACAGAUCAAGCCAGGCAGAACAAACAACGUGGAAGCCUUCAAAAACAUGCAGAAAAACUCAGAAGCACUGAAAAAUGUGAACUCUCAUAUCUUGAUUGGAGGUCCUCCUAUGGAAAAAAAACUCCUGACCAUUGGGAUUUCCUCGGCACAGCAUCACCAAAGAAGCUACCUCUUGAAUACCUUAAAGUCCAUCUUCUUUGCAUCUUCUCAGUCUGAGCAGAAGCACAUUGUUGUUCUGGUACAUCUGGCAGAUCCUGACCCCAAGUGGCUUAAUCAAGUGAUCUCCAACAUCUCAGUCUUCUUUAAACCAUAUAUUCAGACUAGACAGCUAGCAGUGAUCAAUACUCCUCUUCAAAGCUAUCAUCCUUUAAAGAGACAUAAGAAAAAGUCUAGUGGCACCCUCAAUUAUGUAGCUUUUCAUUCCAUACAGAAUAUUGGUUAUGCCUUUCUCAUGAACUUUGCUACUAACUAUUCUGACUAUUUUCUGAUGAUUGAAGAUGAUGUAAAAUGUGCUCCUGGAUUCAUCACCCAGAUAGUUACUGUAUUGUCCGCGUGGGAAUACAAAUCUUAUUUUACUCUGGAGUUCUCUCAGUUGGGCUUUGUUGGAAAACUUUUUCGCACUAUCGACCUUCCUCGCUUUGUCCAUUUUCUUCUCCUCUUCUACCAACAAAUGCCCUCUGACCACCUCUAUUCUCAUUUUCUUGACCUCAUACAAAAAAGUCCAAUCCAGUUCUCCCCCUCCCUCUUCCAACACAUGGGCAAUUACUCCUCCUUUGAGGGAGAACUAAAAAAUUUUGAAGGCAAAGACCGUAAGGAAAAUGGCACGGGCUUUCCCAACAACCCUGAUGCUUCCCUCUUCACUGACCUGAAGGUUACCAACGACUCUGUUCUCAAGAAUGCCUACAGCCUGGAUGAGAAUUUCUUUUACACCAAGGAGGCUAAGGCGGGUAACCAUAUCACUGUGAUUUUGGACACACCUGCAAAAGUGAUUCACGUUCAAGUGUUGACUGGCUCUUACCUAAAAGGGGAGAAUUGGUUGAAAGAGGGGCAAGUAGAGCUGGGCUAUGAUGUCACCAAUAGACAAUAUGACUGUGAUGACUACGUCUUAUUGGGAUUCCUGGUAAAGGGCAUCUUGAAUAAGCAAGUAUUAUCUGAAGAGUCUGGGAAGAAAGUGAAAUGUGUGAGACUACUUGUGACGGCCACGGCUCCGUCUGUGAUUAUAGUGAGGCAUAUCAACCUCUGGAUUAAGUGA